AUGUCACAGAGACUGAAGGGCAAGGCCACCAAAACGGACCGGGAGUCCUUCUUUCUGGCGAGGACCGCCGAAACGAAAGCGCGGAACGGACACGGCCCGAGCAAAGAUGGCGCCGCGAGGGAAACCCGAGAGGGCUCGGUGUCACCACCUGCCUCACCCUCCUCUGCAGCAGAAGAAGGACCCCUCAUGAUCAGCACCAUGCGGCUUAUGCUUGCUGAGCUCACGGAAAACUUGCAAACGAGCAUGAAAACUCAACUGCAAGCCCUGGCAGCAGACCUCCGCAAGGAUAUCACUGAGGUAGGCCAGCGCACCUCCCACAUGGAAAAUAAGAUGGACGAAUUCGCAGAGGCUCACAAUAGUUUAGCUGACAGGGUGCAGGACUUUGAAAACUCCCUUAAUAAUUACCACCUCAAACUAGCAGAUCUUGAAGACAGGUCCAGGAGAAAUAAUAUACGCAUCCGGGGUAUUCCGGAGACAGUUGCCCCUAAGGACCUAGAAAACUACCUGAUGGAUAUGUUUCAACGCCUAACCCCCGCAAUACACCCGGACCAGCUUAUAGUAGACCGGGCACAUAUGCUACGACGCCCAAAACAUCUCCCUCCAACGACCGAGAGAGAUGUCAUCGCCCGAGUGCAUUUCUAUCAUACCAAAGAGCAGCUGAUGAAAGCCAGCAGAUCCUCAGACAUGCCAGACCCCUAUAGCCGAAUCAAGCUCUUUGCGGACUUAUCUGCAGCAACGCUACAAUUUAGGAAGAACCUAACCCCAGUUACAUCCACACUGCGAGACCACAACAUCGCUUACCGAUGGGGAUACCCUGCCAAGCUCCUGAUUCACCACAGAGAUGCCUUACACGCCAUCCCAACGCUGGAACUAGGUAUCACCAAGCUAAAAUCCUGGGGCCUCCAGACACCAGAAGCGCACCAACAUCACCCUUCCAAGGUCCCAAGACUGUCCCCGGAGUGGACCGUGAACUGA